AAGAAAAGUACAAGCAAGAAAGAGAAUGGCAAGUUGGGUUCGUUCAGCCGUGAUGGUUCUAGCCAUGGUCUUGCUUCCAAUGAUGGUUGAGUCGUAUGUUCGGCACUACAAGUUCACUGUUGUGAUGAAGAACUUUACUAGGUUAUGUGAAAGUAAAGCUAUGGUUACUAUCAAUGGAAAGUUUCCUGGGCCGACUUUGUACGCUAGGGAAGACGAUAGCGUCGUUGUUCAACUAGUGAACAAGGUGCCACACAACAUUACAAUCCAUUGGCACGGAAUUCGGCAACUACGAACCGGGUGGUCAGACGGGCCCGCCUACAUAACACAAUGCCCGAUACAGACCGGUCAUAGCUAUACCUACAAGUUUAACGUUACUGGACAAAGGGGUACCCUUCUUUGGCAUGCACAUAUCACCUGGCUAAGAGCAACUGUCCACGGAGCGAUAGUCAUCUUACCUAAACACGGAGUCCCUUACCCGUUCCCUAAACCCGAUUACGAAAAAAUCAUUGUUCUAGGUGAAUGGUGGAAAUCGGAUGUCGAUGCUGUGAUGAACCAGUGGAUGCAAACCGGUUUGCCGCCUAAUGUAUCUGAUGCACACACCAUCAACGGCUAUCCGGGCCCGGUUCCUAAUUGCAGUACUUCUAAAGGAUCCACAUUACACGUUGAACCCGGGAAAACAUACUUGCUUCGCAUAAUCAACGCUGCUCUGAAUGAAGAAUUGUUUUUCAAGAUCGCGAGACAUCAGUUUACGGUGGUUGAAGUCGAUGCGUGUUACGUGAAGCCGUUCAAAACGCGUACGAUAUACAUCGCACCCGGCCAAACAACAAAUGCCCUUUUUACCGCGGAUCAAAAACCCGGAAAGUACUUAAUGGCAAUUUCGCCUUUCAUGGACACCAUCGUGGCGAUUGAUAACCAAACCGCGACGGGUACUGUUCGCUACAAAAGUAUCGAAUCCUACACACCGACAACCCUCACCACCCUCCCAGCGGCAAACGCCACACCGGCGACAAAUUCCUUCAUUGAGUCACUAAGAAGCUUGAAUUCUGCUAAGUACCCCGCUCUGGUCCCUUUAAAAAUCGACCACUCGUUAUUAUUCGUCGCUGGUGUUGGAGUGAAUAAUUGUUCUACAUGUGUCAAUGGAAGCAGAGUUGUGGCGGGCAUCAAUAAUGUUACUUUUGUGAUGCCCGACACAGCUCUGCUUCAAGCACAUUAUUAUCAUAUAAGCGGUGUUUUCACCAGGGAUUUCCCUGGAAAACCGCUAACACCUUACAACUACACCGGUGUUACGAAUCUAACAAGCAUGCAAAUUACCACCGGAACUAAAGUUUACCCAUUGAAGUAUAAUUCUACCGUUCAAGUUGUGAUGCAAGGUAAUUCGGUUAUUGCACCGGAGAGCCACCCGAUACAUCUUCACGGGUUUAACUUUUUCAUUGUCGGAAAAGGGGUGGGGAAUUUCGACCCCGUGAAUGACCCCAAGAAUUUUAAUUUGGUUGAUCCUGUUGAGAGAAACACUCUUAAUAUACCUACUUCUGGAUGGACUGCUAUUAGAUUCCGAGCUGAUAAUCCAGGUGUGUGGUUUUUACACUGUCAUUUGGAAGUACACACGACAUGGGGGCUUAAGAUGGCGUUUUUGGUGGAGAAUGGUAAAGGGCCAAACGAGUCUCUUAUACCACCACCAAAAGACCUUCCAACAUGUUAGACGACGACAGGAUUUUGAGAAACCACAACAAUCAGAGUAAUUUCCAACAAAACAUUCAUUGAAUUGUGGAUACAAGCGAACGAACAUAAAUCUACUUCGCGUUUGAAAGAGGAAUAAAGAUCGAAUCAGUAAUUAAUUUGGGUGUUUAAUUAUUGAUUCUGUGAGCACGUAGUAAGUUGUUAAAAUUUAUUUACCUUGUGAGAAUUAUAUUGUAGAUGUGAGUGAUUGGUUUGAAGGGGUCAUUAUGUAACUUAUUAAUUUUAUAAGGGGCUUCAUUUGCAAAAAGAAAA